AUGUUCUCUGAUGUAACAUGCGGUGAUUCAGACGCAUGUUAUUCAUCUGUAACAUGCGAUAAAUUGGGCGCAUGUUACCCAUCCAUAACAUGCAGUGAUUCAGACGCAUGUUACAGAUGGGUAAUAUGCGUUAAUUCUGGCACAUGUUACUCAUUUGUAAUAUGCGCUAAUUUGGGCGCAUGUUACGCUUCUGUAAUAUGCGUUAAUUCUGGUGCAUGUUACUCAUCUGUAAUAUGCGCUAAUUUAGGCGCAUGUUACGCUUCUGUAAUAUGCGUUAAUUCUGGUGCAUUUUACUCAUCCGUAAUAUGCUUUAAUUCUGGUGCAUGUUACGCUUCUGUAAUAUGCGUUAAUUCAGGUGCAUGUUACUCAUCCGUAAUAUGCGUUAAUUCUGGUGCAUGUUACUCAUCCGUAAUAUACGCUAAUUUGGGCGCAUGUUACGAAUGA